AUGUACUUGCAUACCCUGUACAAGGCAACGUGGACUCCUCCCGGCCCGGGCUAUGAUCCCACGGAGCGCUUGACGCAGCAACUUUCACAUUUGGCCAUCUAUGAGCAGCAAGCACCGGCGCCGGCGCCGUAUACUACACCGCCAUCUCAGCAAGCUGCUGCGCAUCCGACUUCGGGGGGGCCGACGGCUGCCGCAUUGCCAGCUCCGGAUCCUGUCUCCAACAAUCCGAACUAUGAUUUGUACCGUUACGGCCCGCCGGUCUGGAGUACGUCCAACAUCGGGGCAUGUCUACCGCCAGUGGACUACCCUCCGCAGUCCUAUACGCAUGCCACUCCAACGUCGGGGCUAUGGCAAGACUGCACCACCGAUGGCCUCCAACAUGAGUACAAUAGUCCAUUCAUUCCCGGCUAUUCACUAGUGGAGACGAUUAGAGAACCGAAAUACUCUGGCACAAGAGGGCUCGAUUCUUUUAUCGAGCCCGCGAAGCCCCUGCUGAUGGCAUGUCCAUAUCUGAAGCACGAUCCGUCGAGGUAUAGCCAGAGACGGAGCUGUCGAGGAGCGGCGUUUCCUAGCACGCACCGGUUGAAGGAGCACCUACAUAGAACUCAUAGGCAAAAGCCCAACUGUCCACGCUGUCGCAGCCUCUUCAAAACCGAGGCCGAAGUCGGGACGCAUCUCAAGGCGCAGACUCUGUGCAACGUCGUCCAGGGCGAAGACAGCGUCGAGGGGUUCGAUGCUGCUCAGGAGAAGCUUCUCAAGAGUAAGAAGCGUAGAAAGGGGGUCGAGACGGAAGAGGAUAAGUGGAGAGAGAUCUUCAAGAUUCUCUUUCCUAGUCACCGAGAUAUACCGGAUCCUUGUGAGUACUCUGAGAAUGAGCACGACGUGAAGAGCCGGCUGACAUUGAGUAUAGUCUACAAGACCUCUCUCGAUGACCGGUCCGCCACGAGCCAGGCGUCAGUACGGGAGCAAGACGAUGUCGAGAGCAUUUUUACUAGAGAUAUACCAUCGCCAGUGGAAGAGGAGAUGUCCUCGAAACUGGAGGAGGCCGUCGGUGGCCGCUUGAGCAAAAGGAAACGAAGGAAGUUGUUGAAUGUGUUCAAGGGUUUCGCCGUUAAGAUGCUCCGUCAUUCCGCAGAGGGAGACGCCAAAGACAAGGCCACCACACUCGCCUCAAAGUCCAGCCAGGUCGAGAGGUCUUUUGCCAGCGCAAGGUCCGCUGGGGCUCCGGAGAAGCAGCAGCGUGGUAAGGCUAGUGGCAACCCGAACGAGAAAGUGGGAGGGGAGCAAGACGAGAUCAACGCGGUUAAAGAAGCAACGCAAACCAUUGGGCCGCCAACGAACCCGGUCACAGCUUUGGGUUAUUUUCCAUCGGUGGAAGCAUCAGAGCCCCGGAUCAUUCCGACGGACCUUCAAACGUUUGACCUAGGCAUUGACUCGGAUAUUGCUUGCUGGCAAGCCUGGGAUGCGGCGUUUGCUAAUGACAACGAAAAUUCCUGGUUGGACGAUUUUCUAUGUACUGGAAAUGCAUUACAAGGAGAUCUUGCCCAAGAGCAGGACAAGACGCUUGGGGUUGGGCCUAUAAACGCUUCACUGUGA